AUGGCGGCACCUAAAGAAUCGAAGAAUGCCCGAAGAAGGGCUCUGAAGAAGCAGAGGAAGGCAGAGACUGCGGCGACUCCAGCCACUGAAACUACACUUCAAGGUGAAGAAGCACCCACCGACAAGCAAAACGGCAUCAACGGCGCCGCAAAAACAAAUUCUGAUGAUGGCAAACCGGUACAGCCCGUCGACUUCGAGAUCAACGUUGAUGAAGACAAUCCCCUUUUCGCCACCUUCAAAGAUGUCCUGGGAAAGUUCGUCGAUACCGACGCGCAGGCCGCUCAACAAGAGGAAGCCGAGAAAGGUCAAAUGAUCUGGGAACAAGACGACGUGUUCGAUGAAGAGGAGGAACAGGAACAGCAGCAGAAACUAUCCAAGAAGAAGCGAAAGGAUGCGAGCAGGCUGUCCAUCGCUGAAUUGAAAGCGUUGGUCAAAAAACCGGAAUUGGUAGAGUGGUCGGAUGUGACUUCUUCAGAUCCACAGCUACUGUUAGCUAUCAAGUCGCACAGAAAUGUCGUCCCGGUCCCACCGCACUGGUCGCUCAAACGAGAGUACCUAUCUUCGAAGCGUGGAAUCGAGAAACCGGCUUUCACCCUUCCCAAGUUCAUUCAAGAAACUGGCAUUGCAGAAAUGCGAGAUGCCGUCCUCGACAAGCAAAACGAGCAGACUCUCAAGCAGAAGCAAAGAGAGCGCGUCAAUCCAAAAAUGGGCAAAUUGGAUAUCGAUUACCAGAAGCUAUACGAAGCGUUCUUCAGAUUUCAAACGAAACCGGAAUUGACGCGAUAUGGCGAGGUGUACUACGAAGGCAAAGAGUAUGAGACGAAUCUUCGACACCUUCGUCCCGGUGAGCUAAGUGACGAGCUGAAAGAGGCUCUGAACAUCCCGCCAGGUGCUCCCCCGCCAUGGCUGAUCAACCAACAGCGCUAUGGUCCUCCACCAUCAUAUCCGGCUCUCAAAAUCCCGGGUUUGAACGCCCCUCCUCCGCCCGGCGGGCAGUGGGGUUUCCAUCCUGGCGGCUACGGCAAGCCACCCGUUGAUGAGUUCAACCGACCUCUAUAUGGCGGUGAUAUUUUCGGCGUGAUGCAGCCCCAGCAAAAUCAACAACAAGGAGAGCCAGUUGAGAAGACCCUAUGGGGCGAGCUACAACCUCCAGAAGAGGAAUCCGAGGAGGAGGAAGAAAGCGAAGAGGAGGAGGAAGAGGAGGAAGAAGAAGGUUAUGAAGGCCCGCCUGGACCGAGUGGCACCGCGACUCCAAGUGGUAUUGCAACUGCGGUGACAUCUGAAUUCGGUGGAGCGGAGAGCAUGGCUCCUGACUUUACCCUCAGACGACAGACCCGUGGCACAGAUACUGAAGAGCCUCAAGAACGUCGGGCAGCUUACCAGGUCAUUCCCGAGCAACAAGUUCGCGGCAAUCAAGGUUUCUUCGGAAGCGAGCGGCAGUACGACUUGAAGACGGCCAAUCAAAACCUGCCUGUGCUGGGUCAGGAGGAUAAGUCGCGAAAGAGGAAAGCUGGCGACGUGGACGUGUCCGUGGAUGUAGAUGCGCUGCAACGAGACGAGAAGCUCAGUAAGGAUGAGGUUAAGAGGCAGUACGAGGCGCAAAAGAAAGAGCAGAAUCCUUGGGCAAAAGGUGGCUUCGAGGAUGAUCUAAGCCAGAUGAUUGCUGAGGAGAGCAGGAAGCGGCUUAAGAAGGAUGAAGAGCGGAAAAGUAAACGGUAA